ACAUAAAUUUAUAUUAAAAUUCUUGUAGUUUUUGGAGAAGUGAGGAAGCCCAAACUUUGACUUCUGUUUACGUUCAGUGGAGAUGUCUCGGCCUCCCUCUUCCCAGACAACUCCUCAGUUCUACAGAGUGAGUGACAGAGAUCUGACGGAGAUCGAACUGCAUUCUGUGGACUCCAUCAAUGACCUACACCGCACUCAUCCAGACCACAACCACAAAGUACGGCCUCCUCGUCCUGCCUACACCCCGUCUCUAAAUGGAAACCUGCACUCCUUUGACGCUCUGGCUGUCAUUCAACCAUCUCGACCAAUCAGCUCGUGGCAGAGGCGGCUCCAGGACAUGUUCACGCCCACUUCGUCACGGGCUUAUGCUCUGGGCUGUGCCAUUGUCACUCUGCUGCUGCUCACUGUGCUGCUCAUCUUCUACUUUUUAGUCCAACAGGGCGGCGCUAUCCGUAUGCUAACAGAGGCAGUGAAAGAGAAGAAAAUGGCAUCGGCAGAAUUAACUUUACUGAUCCAGGAACUGCACAAUCUGAGACACAACCUCACAGCCCUCACUGGGACAUCGUGACAAACACUGGACAUUUUCAGUGGGUGUGGAGUGGAAAGGAAUUCUGUUGUCUCUGGUUUAGAUAAAAUGUAAAGGCUGUUUGUCUCCACAGAGGUAUUAUUGCUUUGCCUGGAAUGUUUCACAGUAUGGCAUUUAACUUCUCUGUAGAGAAAAGCAAGUGGUGCCAUCAAGCCAAGUUACAGGUCAGAUCUGUGAAGAGGUGAACCCGUUUACAGAAGAAUGCAUGUUUUGAGCACUAAAAUAUCUGUAAUUGAGUAAAUGCAAGAGAGAUAUGUUUCAUGCCAUACUGUGGAAUAUUUCUGACAAAACAAUAGCAGAGAAAACAGGUGACAGACCCUCCAGUUGAAAAGCUGCGUAGUUCACCUUUAAGUUAUAUCUCAUUUCAAACUGAUAUUAACUAUGGAACACCAAAUGUAUGCUGUGUGUUUUUGUAAAUAAAGUUCAUCUCUUU